AUGGUUUUCAACACAAGAGCGGCUUUUGAAGAAUUCAAGAGUGUCUUCCCCAACAAAGUGAUCACCUCCGAUACCAAGUCCGAAUACCAGGCAGCGGUCGCAAUUCCCUGCAAUCGUCAAAAAACGGGAUCAAAGUUCGCAAUUCGCACCACUGGGCAUAAUCCCAAUGCCGGCUUCAGCAGCGCUGAUGAGACGGCGAUCGUUUUGGAUAUCCGUCAGCUUCAGUCAAAGGAGCUCGGCUCAGAUGGAGUCGCCCGAGUGGGAUCUGGAAAUACUUGGGGCGAGGUGUAUACCUGGCUUCAAGGACAUAAUUUGUCGGCGAUUGGUGGUCGUGAUCACAAUGUUGGGCUGGGGGGUUUACUACUUGGAGGUGGCCUGGGCGCUUCUCCAAAUAUGCAUGGACUAGGUGUUGAUGGUGUCAAGAACUUUGAGGUCCUCUUGGCCGAUGGCACAUUGAUCAAUGCCAAUGCGAAAGAAAACACCGAUCUUUUGCGCGCUCUGAAGGGAGGUGGACCUAACUUUGGUAUUGUGACAAGAUUCGAUUUGGAAACCCACCCUCUUAUCAAGGUAAAAUACGAAAUCAACCUGUAUAAGCUAGAGGAUCAUGUGGAGAUCAACAAGGCAACAGCGGCGGUUCAAGAGGCCAUGGAAAGUGACCCCAAAAUUGGAUUGUUCACAAAUUUCAACAACGGGUUUGCCGCCGUCGGCUUACUCUAUGCCAACACUCCCCACGAGCGACCUGCCGUAUUUGCUCCUUUCUAUCAUCUGCAAAGCCUGAUAAGCGCAGCCCUGCCUUCCACAGAUGGCGCUCUUUUAUCGCUAGCUCAAGCUAUGGGUCAUGCGCAAGAGUCCAAGAAGCGGGCUAUUUCUACUGUCACCACCAGAGUAUCACAGGACCUUUAUGAAUGUGCUUACAAGGCGUGGGCAGAGGUUUGUAAGAUCCUGCCAACCGACUGUGUUCUGCAUUAUACAAUUCAACCGUUCGGCAAGGCUGCUGCCCAGGAAGGAGAGGAUCGUGGAGGGAACAUAAUGGGUCACCAGGGUGUUGCAAAGUGCUGGUGGGUUUUUACAUGUGAGUGGCCUGAAAGUGAUAGCGAUGAUAUUGUAGCACAAAAAGCAGUGGCCACGAUGGCUGAAAGUGUUGAGGUACUGGCAAAAGAAAAGGGGCUUCUACUUGAAUUUAAGCCUAUGGGAUUUGCUACCGGAUCGCAAAACGUCCUUGGCAGUUACGGAGCCGCGAACCUCAAGCAGAUGCGGGAGGUGGCGGCCAAGUACGACCCUGAAGGGCUUUUUCAGAGAUCUCAGUAUGGUGGCUUUCUUCUACGUGACACUAUCUGA